AUGAAUUUAAGUGUUAAUAAAAUAAAUAAUUAUUAUAUAUUAUAUUAUAUUUUAGUUUUGUUAAAAAGUUUGUUUAUUUUAAUUUAUAAAAAUAAAUUAAAUAAAAUUUAUAUAUAUAAAAUUUUUUAUGUUUUAAUUAUAUAUUGUAAAUUAUUUUAUAUUAUAAAGAAGUUAAAUUAUAAUAAUAAUUUAAAUAAUAUAAUAUUUAAUAUAUAUAAUAUUAAUUAUAUAUAUUUUUAUAUUUAUAAAUAUAAGUUUUUAAAUAAAGUUAUUAAAAAUAAUAAUAUAUAUAAUGUAAUUAUUGAUAAAAUAAUUAGUAUAAAUAAAAUAUCUUAUACAGUUAAAAAAGGUAGAAUAAAAAGAUAUAAAGUUAUAUUAUUAGUAGGUAAUAAAUUAGGAUGGGUUGGUAUUGGAGUAGGUAAAAAUAAUAAUAUAAAUAAAGCUAUAAUAUUAGCUAAAAUUAAUGCUUUAAAUAAUAUAUAUUAUUUUAAAUAUUCUAUAUUAAAUAUUUAUAAAUUAAAAUAUGUUUAUAUUAGUAGUAAUAAAUUUUUAGUUAAAUUUCAAUUUAAAAUAUAUAAUUAUUUAAAUAUAAAAUUUUUAUUAUUUAAAUAUUUAUUAGAAUGUUUAGGAUAUUUAAAUUGUAAAAUUAUUAUAUAUUAUAAUGUUAUUUCUAAUAAGUAUAAUUUAUUAAAUAAAUUAAUAUUCAUAUUAUUUAAUUUUUUUAAUUAA